GUUGCCCGGUAUGUCUCUCCUCCUUGGGAUUUUCACUUUGUCUGCAAGUAUUGGUUUGAAUCAUGCGUCGCAGAGGUACCUAGUGGUAUCGGGUUAGUCACCCACCUUCUGACGGCAUUGAGGCACACAUACACGCACACAAUUUAAUUAAAUCGAUGGAAUUAAUUAAAAUAAUAUAAGCGAAAGAGGCAAAAACAGAAGGAAAAGAAAGAAAAAAAAAAGAGUCAGCAGUGACUUAAGUCGCUCUGUGAGACACAUGAAAAGAAAUCCCUUCUCCUAUUGUACCCAUUUGCUUGGUAUACGUUCCGAAUGGCGCCAAUUAAUUUUAAUGAUUCUUCGAGCUCCUCAUGUCAUUAUGUUAAGUGUGGAUUUUUGAAAUAUUAAAACAUCCUCUCUCGCCUCGUGUGAUGCUUUAUGAUAUCACGAUGUUUCAGUUACAAGUAUGCAGGGGCAAGGGGGGAGGGUGGAAUUUUUUUUUUAUUGUGACGAAUUUUAUCCUUAUUAUCCUUACCCGGUGGUACCCCUACCUUGGCGUGUUGCCACCCUCAUACCGCCAAAAAGUGCGCCAGAGAGCUUCUUCGUGUGCCUUUUAGAAAAAUUGCUCCAUACAAUUUUAAUGAAGCCAAAUUGUAUAUGUUUGACUGAGACAAAAGAUCAGUAUCAUGUUAGUGAGGAGUGAGGGACAUAUAUACAUAUAUCUGUUUCACUUUUUUUGCCUCCUUGUAUCUCUUCUCUUGAUUAUAAACAUUACUCGCUGUAAUUAUUAUUAUCCGAGCCGUGCAGCCGAAGGAGGGGAAUUGUUGGGAAGUUUAAAACCACCGCUUCAUCUCGUAUGACAUUCUAUAUCUAUCUCACUCGGCUACAUCGGUAGUACUUUGAAUUUGCGGAAGAUGGCUGUCUCACUUCCAUUGCACGACUUCACCCGAUGUUCCACUUCGGUUCGCAACCAGACACUAAUACUCACAAAAGUUGCAUGAUGCUACACUGUUGAAUAGGCAUGUUGGUUGGGAUGUGUAAGUAAGAUGAGUUAGGGUGUGUAUCACAAUUUUUGACAUAAGACUCCGUCGGCGACUAAGCGUAAGAAGAAGACAACAUGCUUGUACUCAAGAAGUCUGUCCUACUCUAAGACAUCUCUCUCUUUCUCACCUCUGGUCUUGUCCCAAAACAACAACACACACCAUCUUGUGCCAGACGCCUUAUGUAUGAAAGCGUAAGGUAUAGUGACAGCCGCAUGGUUCGAUCUUGCUUUCAUUCCCGGCACUCGUUUAGUUUCAAUUGAUGAGUCAGAGAGUGUGCUGGUACGAGCGCGAGCCGCACAUGUCUAAUUAACCUUCUUACCUUAAAAUACAAUAUUUCCCUACAAAAAAAAAAAAGAAAUCACAAGUGAGACAGUUUUACCGAUUGUAGGUGGGUUUUCAAAGGUAAUUUCUGCGUUAGAUGCUAUACCUGAAUUGGUAUUUGCAACUGUAUUGGUUUCAAUCAACGAGUUUGUUUACCCCUCAAUUGCCACGGCAAUACCUCACCAACCUCGAUCCGAAACGUCUUUUCGAAUGGUCCUUGAACCUACAGUGCAGUGCUGAAGUCCAAAUAUUCAAACAACGAGUUAGCAACGGUGCAGACUUGUGGCGACUGUACCCGGGCCCCUUGAAAAGCAACCAAAAAAAAAUAGUGAGGAUUUUGUGCUUGGUGAUUUAAGAUUUGCUCCCCCUCACACACGAAGUGGUAGAGAAGUCAAAGAAUCAAAAUAUGCAGUGACACCAAGUGCUUGAAAGUUAUUUUUUUUUUCGGGAACGAAAGUGAUGUGAUGUUGAAGUGUAUCCAAUCUACUUUCCAUGUGGUGCAAAUUGCAUGGAUUUUCCCGUAUAAGAUUCCUUUUGAGUAAGAGAAAAUUGGAAAAGGGAUUCCACAGUUGUUCAAUUGAAUUUCAUCCAUUGAGAACCACAGAAGUGCCACAUUGUCGAGACGCGGUGGUAGGAGAGAAUAGUGUAGCACCUAAAUAAUUCAAUUGAUCUCAUAUGUAAGGCAAUGCCAGACGUCCAUCUGUGAGAGUCCUAGUAUUGGAGUAACAUAGUAGGGCAACAUAAAAAAGGUAAAGACAACCCGGACUGUAGUGCUUCACCAACAAUUUUAAUUAAGGCAAGAAUCAGGUGCCAUUAAUAUCAUCUUCACUUAUUCUUCUCAGUCACUUGAAAAAAAAGAUCAAUGGGAUUACAUGCAAUUGUAAAAUAAAGUGCUAAAGUUGCCAUAAUUAGAAAAGAAGUACUAGGAGUGGUGUCUUAAGAAGAGUGUUUUUAAAAGAGUGAUUUCUGUGAAAUUAUUUCUCUUGCAAUUGGCGGACAAGUGAUCCAUAUUGGCGCCGAUUAGGGGUAGCCUGAGCAAUCGUCCCAGCACCGCAACCGUCGUUGAAUCUCUUCGUCUGUUGCCGCCAGUGGCCGCAACAGCACCUACCUUUUCCACGGGCGACGGCAAUAGAAAAUCCGUCAAACUGGCCGCGUCUAUAGCAAUGAACCCGCACUACCAUCCGUACUCGGAGCUGUCUUCGCCACAUCCACCAAGUCCGGAUAACAACAACUUCCCGCCACUGGCUGGCGGGCAUCAUCACAAUGGCCAUGGCCCCUUCAUGUCAAUGGAGGGGCAGCAGGGAUUCCAUCAGAUCAACAACAAUAUCGGACCUAUCAAACACUGUGGUGGAUGCGGAGGUAAAAUCGUGGAGAGAUUCUUCUUGCAUGCACUUGACAAAUACUGGCACAACUCCUGCCUCAAAUGUUCCUGCUGUGGUGCAAUGCUGGCCGACAUCGGGAGCAGCUGCUACACGAGAGCCGGGAUGAUUCUGUGCAAGGCUGACUACUCCAGGAUGUUCGGUAUGUCAGGAGCAUGCAGUGCAUGUGGACAAACAAUCCAAGCCAACGAAUUGGUGAUGCGAACAACAUCGCAACUUAGUAAUAAUCAAGCGGUGGGCAAUCCUAACCAAAAUCUACAGAGUCAGGUGCAACAUCAGGUGUUUCAUCCCAAGUGUUUUGCAUGUUCAAAAUGUGCAGUACAGCUAAUGCCAGGCGACCGGUACUACAUGCUAGCGGGAAGUUUGGUGUGCGAACAGGACUGGCAGAAGUUGAUUAAGAAUACGGGAGCAAGCACAGGGACACCACCCAUCCGGAAGGGCAAGGUGGGCAGACCUAGGAGAUCCAGAGACUGAGAGGCUCCGCGUCUGGGACGGCCGCCCAAGAUAAAAAAGGAGGAGGAGGCCACGGCGAAGUUGCUGCUCUCAGCUCCCGCCACCAUUCGCCCAGAUGACACUGACUUCGCGCGCACCCAUACGACCACCAGCGUUCCGCCGCCUGCCGCCGCCCAGCCCAACGAGCAUCUGUACAGCAGUCUCUAUGGCCGUGAAAUGGAACUGAUGAAGAAGAUGAUCAAGAGUGAGUGUGGCAUGGAGGGUGGCCCUUUCGUGCAGCCAGCCUCCUAUUCCUAUCAUCCUAUGCGUGGCGGUUAUGUACCGCCGGUCGUCCCGCCGCACUUCUACCCUCCAGAGAUCGAUGUGGGUGGAAAAUUCUACCAUCCUUCACCGGGGCAGCGUUUUCCCCCGCCGCCAAAUAUGGCAUGCAAAGUUGAGAAGGACGAAUCAGCCUUUCACGGGUUUAUGCAUCCAUUUGGCGGUGGCGGAGAUCGACAGCGGCUGACCCAGGGCUUGCUGAAGCCGGUGUAUGAGAUGGAUAAAAUUCCUCAGGACACCUUGGCUCUUCCCUCUCCCAAAGUCUUCUCACAGCCGUUUGAAUUGGGCUCCAUGGCGGCUGGCGGCUGUUCCAACGGUGACCCCUACAAGCCAGUGUCUAGCAAGUCAGUUAGUGAUAGUGAUAAGAGAGACAAGCAAGAAGACAAUAAUAGCAAAAGUUUCUCCGCCGGCUGCCAAUCGAGCGCCGGCGGCUGUGAAUUUGUUCAAAAGCGCGAUGGUAAGGACGGUGGCAGUCCCUUCGUGAACAGUGGCAGUGAUAUUGGUGGAGCCGGGGCUGGCGGUGGUGAAUUCUGCGGCUCACACCACCAGCCUCAGCUCAGCGGAGAUGAGAGCAAUGGUGAUGACGCAUUUACCACAUUGUAAUUAAAUUAAUGAGCAGGUGGCAUGAAUUUGUGCUCCUUGAGCACCAAAAAUGGUGAGCGAUACGUCAUUUUGUCCGCCUGGGAGGAAGCCAGGGGCUGGAGGAGUGAGUGACACAAUGCAUAAGAAUCCUUUAAUUGUGUGUACAAUAGAAUCUGGAAGAAGAGGAAAACACAGAAAUUCACCUCAUUUUUUUUUCUUCGUUCGUCUCCAUUUUCCCAUUUUCUUUCUUCUCCCUCGGCGCUUUGUUUGCCUGAGAAAAAGGCCAACAAGGUGGACUCCUAAUGCGGAGGUGUGAGCAAAAAAGACAGACCUAAAGUUGUUUUCGUUUUUUUUAUCCUUUAGUACUUUAAAGAAACUCAUUUUUGUAUACUUGUAAUAAGUGUUGAAUGAGGAAGAAGAAAAAAACCUAAUUGUCAGUGGAAAUGAUAGCGAAUUUGAGAUGAACUCUUUAAAUGUGAAAAAAAGAAAAAUUGAUAUUGAGAUGAAAAGUAUAAAAUUACACCAACCAUUAAUUACGUCAUAAGCAAUUUGACUAUUAUUAAUUAAUUAUAAUCACACACAUACCUUGUAAAUUAUAAUUUUAAAAUAAAUAUAUUUAAAUGAAUUUAAGAGAAUUAAAAGAUAUCA